UGCGCAUCUCUCGCUUACUGCGCCUCGAUUCAAUCGUUACCACAUUCCCUAAUAUGUUGUUGAUACAAUUAACUACAAGGAUCUCCACUCUUACCAACACCACAUUCCUCCUGACUCUUGCUCCACUCAGUCUCGUUCCAAUUCGUUACCUUACCCUCACUUGGAAAUGGCAGAAGGAACCCUCGCCUCUGUUUUCGAUCAUUCAACACCAAAAACUGAGCUAUACGACGUUAAAAAUGUUGCACCUAUGUUGUCUUCUUACAAUCAGCGCAUACGUCCGAUCCUUGACGCUCUUGAGAACCUGAGGCGGCUAAACAUCACCAAAGAAGGGAUACAGCUUCCAGCCAUAGUGGUAGUUGGUGACCAAUCUUCUGGAAAGUCCAGUGUCUUAGAAUCUCUGGCUGGAAUCAACUUGCCCCGUGGACAAGGUAUCUGCACAAGGGUACCCUUGGUCAUGAGGCUCCAAAACCACUCACAUCCCAAACCAGAGUUGGAGCUGGAGUAUAAUGACAAACAUGUGCCCACGGAUGAGGCUCACGUCUCUGAAGCCAUUUGUGCUGCGACAGAUGAACUUGCCGGCUAUGGGAAAGGAAUUUCGAACACCCCAUUAACUCUUAUCGUGAAGAAGAAUGGUGCUCCUGAUCUCACCAUGAUCGAUCUUCCCGGCAUUACGCGAGUGGCUGUUCAAGGUCAACCUUUGGAUAUAUAUGACCAGGUUGUCAAUAUUAUUAUGGAGUAUAUAAAGCCUGAGGAGAGCAUUAUUCUCAAUGUUUUAUCUGCCACUGCUGAUUUCUCUACCUAUGAGUCCAUUAGGAUGUCGCAGACUGUUGACAAAACGGGAGCGAGGACUCUUGCUGUUGUCACAAAAGUUGAUAAAUCCCCGGAGGGACUGCCUGAGAAGGUAAAUGCUGAUGAUGUGAACAUCGGUCUUGGCUAUGUGUGUGUAAGAAAUCGCAUUGGAGAUGAGUCCUACGAAGAAGCUCGUGAAGAAGAAGCCAAACUAUUCAAGACACACAAGCUUUUGUCCAACAUUGACAAGUCCAUUGUUGGUAUUCCGGUUUUGGCAGAGAAGUUGGUUCAGCUUCAAGCGGCUAGUAUUUCCAAAAUAUUGCCUGAGAUUGUUAAGAAGAUCAAUGACAAACUUGAUUCUCAGCUUUCCAAGCUGGAAAAAUUUCCCAGAAAACUCACCUCCUCGGUUGAUGUUAUGUCUGCAUUCAUGGAUGUCAUUGGGUUGACAAGAGAGUCCCUAUGCAAGAUUCUUCUGAAGGGAGAAUUUGACAAGUACCCUGAUGACAAACAAAUGCAUUGCACUGCUCGCCUUGUUGAAAUGCUGGAUCAGUACUCUAAUGAUCUCCGCCAGGGUUCUGAUAGUGCUGAUGAGAAGUUUUUGAUGGAAGAAAUUAAGGUGCUAGAAGAAACCAAGCGGAUUGGACUUCCAAACUUCAUGCCACGCACUGUUUUUCUUACACGUUUACACAGUAAAGUGGAAUCCAUUUCAAGCAUACCAAUUAAGUUCAUUGACAAGGUGUAGGACUAUCUUGAAGAUGUGGGGGUAACUAUCCUGAAACAUCACUCAGAACAUUAUCACCAACUUCAGACAUCUUUAAGACUUGCUUGGCAGAAGCUCAUUGCUAAGAUGAGGGAAAAUUCUAUGAAAUAUAUGCAGGAGGUUGUAGAAAUGGAGAAUCGAUGUGGGACUUCCAACACGGGGCAAGCUGAUUCCAGCCAGAGAUUCUAA